AUGUUGGCGAAAUAUGACAUGGGUGGCAAUGGUAUAGACACUAUUCGUCAGUUUCCACCCGUAACCUACAAACUCGAAGACGAUGACGAAGAACUGAUGCAAUGUAUAAAGGAAAUAAAGC